CCGAUCUGACGUGGCAGCUUCUUCUAAAGGAAAGCCAAGGCAGAGGCAGCCAAGGAGCCACCGAUCCCAUCGUCCAGGGCCCCGAGGAGCGGGAUGAUGGGCCCUUCUCCUCUCUGGAGGCUGGCGCUGCUGCUCCUGUGGGGCUCCGUGCCCCUGGGCGCCUUCCAGAUCGACUGGCACCGCCUGGAAGGGCUGGCCCGAGGGAAAGUCGAGAGCUGCCGAGGAUGACGACUGAACCGCCUGAGAGAGGUGAAGGCCUUUAUCAUGGAAGACCUCCCUCUUUAUCACAACCUUGUCAUGAAGCAUCUGCCUGGAUCGGACCCUGAACUCGUUCUGCUCAGCUUCCAGUACAAAGAACUGGAGAGAAUUCCCCUCAGUGACAUGACCCGGGAAGAGAUCAACCAGCUGGUGCAAGAGUUGGGAUUCUACCGCAAAGAGACGCCCGAUUCACCCGUGCCCAAAGAGUUCCAGCUUGCCCCUGCCAGGCCCCUGCCAGGCUCUGAGGCAACCAAGACCCAACGUGGGGCAGAGGGGAAAGGGGCUGCAGGUGAAGAACUGUAGGUCUGGAUGCUGUCAAACACCUCAGGGGUUGUGUGGAUGUGGUUGUGUGUGAAUUGGCAAGAGAGGAGGGAGUGCAAAAUGUGGACAGGUCAGUAAAGUGGCACAGGAUCUGAUGCAUUCUAUGCAGGACUAGGUCUAUGCCAUGGGAGGAAAGAAGGGCAAAGAAUGUGGCACAGGCGAGACUCACCUCCUUGGUGGAAAAAACAAGUUUCUGGUCUGCAUGGUUGCAAGGAUAUAUUUGAAAGUGUCUGGGUGAUGCUUGCUUAUGUUUGAUGAUGUUCAACUCUUACAUGAGCAGAAAGAGCGGAUGCGUGACAUUCGUCACAGGGAUAUGACUGACAUUGCUUGCAGAAUCCCCCUUUUCCCCCACAGCUGUGCUCCGUGCCCAAGGGACAGGAUGAAGCCCUCGGCUGAAAGCUCUUGGUGCCAAGGGUGGAUAGACAGUGUCCCAUCAGGCUCAGGAGCAUGGCAUGCUGGGAAACACAAUCAGGUUCCCCACAUUGUACCCCCCUCCCCCACAAAAGUCAAGAAGUAAAGUCUUUUUCUUUUUUCA